AUUAUUAUCUUACGUAAUCGCUUACAUAAUUGGCAUUAUCUUAUUAUUAUUACGAAGAAGAAGAUUAAAUUUAUCAAAUAUCAACUAACAUUAUCUUCAUUAUCAUUAAAAGUUUCCAUUAUUUCUAAUGUCAUUAAGAUUAAUUAAAUUGAAUUCGGAAAAUCAUAUUCCAUCAAUUGGUCUAGGUACGUGGGAUUUACCUCGGAAUCAAACCAGUCAUAUCGUCUAUGAAGCAUGUAAAGUUGGAUAUCGCCAUUUUGAUACUGCUGUAUUAUAUGGAAAUGAACGAGAAGUAAGUGAUGGGAUUAUUCAAUUUUUAAACGAUCAUCCUGAUGUUUCAAGAGAGGAAUUCUUUUAUACUACUAAACUUUGGAAUAAUCAAGUUGGUUCUAAUAGUUUGAAAUAUAUUGAAGAGAUGAUUACUUCUAAAAUUGGGGAAUUGAAAUAUAUCGAUCUUUUAUUAAUUCAUUCUCCAUUACCUGGUAAAGUCAAUCGAUUAAAUUGUUAUGAACAAAUGCAAAUUGCCAAAGAUAAAGGAUGGGUUAAGAAUAUUGGUGUAUCAAAUUAUGGUAAACAUCAUAUUGAAGAAUUAUUAACCUGGUCAAAAUUAAAAUAUAAACCAUGUGUGAAUCAAAUUGAAAUAAGUCCAUGGUGCAUGAGAACUGAAUUAGCAACUUGGUGUUUAGAUCAAAAUAUUAAAGUAGAAGCGUAUGCACCUUUGACUCAUGGAUAUAAGUUACAUGAAGAUCCAACUUUACAAUCCUUAAGUGUUAAGUAUGGGAAGAGUCCAGCUCAAUUGUUGAUUAAAUGGUCAUUAAAGAAAGGAUAUAUUCCAUUACCUAAAACCAAAACCAUUUCAAGAUUAAGUGAGAAUUUAGAUAUUAAUUCAUUUGAUAUUGAAGAUGAUGAUAUAGUAAAAAUUGAUCAUCCUGAUGCUUAUGAACCAACGGAUUGGGAAUGUACUGAUGCUCCUUAAAAUAAAACCCUUUGUACAUAUAUAACAUUCUAUACUGAAUAAAAUAAUGAUUUAAAGUUUGCAAUCACAUCAUAUUUAUUUGUGGUAAAGUCCAUUUUGAUUUAUAUUUUUUCGCCGAUUAUUUUAACCACCUUCAAUUCAACUGUUUAAAUAAAGCAUUGACUGAAUAUACUCAGCCCAGUAAAUGUUAGAUAAACUAUAUCAAUAUCAGCCCAGUUUUAGAGUAUCCCAGUCAAUGGUUCACACUCAUAGAAACUUAAUUAUACGGAUCGGAAUACGAUUUAUUCACCCCCUUUUACAAUUGAUUCGGACGGAAGUUAUUCAUGAACUAAUUUGAUGUUCCAUAUUCCAUCCUUCAAAAUACAUACACAAACACUUAA